GACUUGGCAUAUGCCGAGCCCAUCUUAGGAAAGGAGAUCAGCUUGGACUUUCUGGACUCGUCUCCCUGGCCCGUGUCCAUCCUGGACAUCUUCCUGAACAUCAACCAGACAGACUUCCUGACCUAUGCACAGUAUGCUGCCCGGAAUCCGGUCAGACCUCCCUCCGUGCUGCUGGAGUCGCUGCACUGGCAGCCUCCGCCGGACCUGGUGCAGAGGCUGUCGCAGGUUCGGACACCAUCCGAUGUCUCAGUGGCUGUUUUCGGCACGCAUGCGACGCUGUCCUUGGAGCCGGUGGAUAUGCUCACACGGUCACAGGGGUUCUUCCGCGUGAAGGCCACCUUCUUCGGCCUCGAGCCACGCUGGUGUGAGAUCCUCGGCCUUUGCAACCAGGGCUCUUCGACAAUCACCCAGCUGCUGCGGGCAGCCGAGGGAGUCUCAGCACCUUAG